GAUGGAAGCGCGGUGGUUGAAGUCGGUGCGAACGGCGGCGCCGUUCCGACGGGUUUUAUUUGUCCCAAACUCCGCGCUUGGGGCGAAUAAACGGUGAUACGUCCGGUGGGAGCAGCGUGGUUUGCCCCUGUUCGCCUGCGUGGCCCCGCUCUGAGCUCUGGAGCUGCUGGAUGUGACUGAAAAGGCGAAAAGCAGCGCGGUGCUCUGUAACCUUUGAGGAGCGCAUCAUCCCGAAACCUCGGCGCUGCUGCACUGCGCCCGGGGCUGCGCUCAGGGCCCACGUGGUGCUGGGAGAUGAAAGCAAAAGUAGUUAUGCAGAACAGAACUCGUAAUGCUGGAUGUGGAGCUGGGAGGUUUUCUUGUGAUUCUGUCUGGGGGUGAGAAUCUUUGUCCAGCAGAUGAUGUCUGUAACCAUCAAAGUGUUCUCCAGGACAGGAAUGUGCCUUCCCAGUGUGCAGAACGGGCAGCCUGCUUCUGCCAAGUGGUACGACCGGAGGGACUACGUCUUCAUCGAGUUCUGUGUGGAAGACAGUAAAGAUGUUAAUGUAAAUUUUGAAAAAUCCAAACUUACGUUCAGUUGUCUUGGAGGAAGUGAUAACUUUAAACAUUUAAACGAAAUCGACCUUUUUAAUAAUAUUGAUCCAAAUGAAUCAAAGCAUAAAAGAACAGACAGAUCUAUCUUGUGUUGUUUACGAAAAGGAGAAUCUGGUCAGGCAUGGCCAAGGUUAACAAAAGAGAGGGCAAAGCUCAACUGGCUCAGCGUGGAUUUCAACAACUGGAAAGACUGGGAAGAUGAUUCAGAUGAAGACAUGUCCAAUUUUGAUCGCUUUUCUGAGAUGAUGAACAACAUGGGUGGAGAUGACGAUGUAGACUUACCAGAAGUAGAUGGGGCAGAUGAUGACUCACCAGACAGUGAUGAUGAAAAAAUGCCAGAUCUGGAGUAAGGAAAACUGUCGUCUUCAGGGUUUGGGGAAAGAACUUCAUCACAUUUCAUAAUUGAGAUAAGAAUUCCUGAGUUGAUAGCCCUAAGGGGAGAUAUUGCAUCCUUUAACCCAUUUUUUUCAGUCCAUUUUAAAUGGCUUCACUGAUGGUAGGUGUGUACCAUUGUGCGGGGCAGUCUUAAGCCACGAGAGGCAAUAAAUGAUGUUAUGCAUGAAUUCCAGACUUCCAAAAACCAAUUGAGGUAUGGGCAAUCGAUCCAGAACAGUCGCAAUAAAGUUUACAGAGCCUCCUUGCCUCGUAGCAGACCUGACAGCAGAGCAGGCUUUACGUCCUGUGCUCAAUUGGCUUUUUCCCCUCUGUGGCCCACGGUUAAAUCUGACUUUUGUGCCCGGAACAAAAAAAACUUCUUGGAUUUGGCUCACCAAAAUUUGAACAAGCGCUGCGCAAUACCUCUGUGGUGUCUUCAGGUGUGUUCCACUAAUGUUUUUAUUAAAAAGGAAACAAAAUCCUCUCUGUUUGCUAUUUUAAUGGUUAGUUUUGUGUGUCCUGGUGCCCGCGCUGUGAGGGGUGAGGCCCAAAAUCCACCCCCUGCCCCAUGGAUCCGUGGGGCCGCGUCGUUGCUUGUGGAUCUGUUCGUGAGACCAAAUGUAUUUGCACUGCUGGUAUGGAAGCAAGUGACAACACCGUUGUCCCCGAUGGGCUCCUCUGUUGGUUACCCGGCCAGGCUGACAAACCUCAAUUUCUGUUCAGAGCGGUGGGAAUUUUUUUAAUGUCUACAUUCUUUCUAAUAAACUGUUGAAGACUCC